GUACGAUUCUGACUUAAACGCGUAAUCUAGAUUAGUUUCUCUUUCUAUUUGAUUUGUGUCAUAACUAUUAAGAUUUUGAAAGUGUUUGAAUUAAAAAGACAAAGAAAUGUCUUUAAUACUAUUUAUCAACUUUAUCUUGAUAUUGGUAUUUCUUCGAGAAUCAGAAACUGCAUUCCUUAAGCAAGAAUUUCAAUCUAGAAAAUGUGGAUAUGAUGGUUGCCCGAAACCAAAGGCAGACAUGUUAAAUGUGCACAUUGUGGCUCAUACUCAUGACGACGUUGGAUGGUUAAAAACUGUCGAUCAAUAUUACUAUGGCAAUAAAAAAACGUAUCAAAUAGCAAGUGUUCAAAAUAUUCUGGAUUCAGUAGUUGCAGAACUGUUAACAGAUCCCGAAAGGCGUUUUAUUUAUGUUGAAUCGGCGUUUUUCUUUAAAUGGUGGGACCAACAAACUGAACAAUUGAAAGAACAGGUCAAACAAUUGGUAAACGAAGGACGACUGGAAUUUAUUGGCGGUGCAUGGUCUAUGAACGAUGAAGCGGCCACGCACUAUCAUAGCACUGUUGAUCAAUUCACAUGGGGACUUCGAAAAUUGAAUGAUACGUUCGGUGAAUGCGGCCGACCGAAAAUUGGCUGGCAAAUCGAUCCAUUUGGACAUUCAAGAGAAUUGGCUUCAUUGUUGGCACAAAUGGCAUAUGAUGGCUUAUUUUUAGGCCGUUUAGAUUACCAAGAUAUAAAAAAUCGAUCUGCAACACGUAAUAUGGAAAUGGUUUGGCAUGCAAGUGAUAACUUAGGAUCAAAAGCAGACUUGUUUACUGGAGUUUUGUACAAUAUCUACGCACCGCCACCGGGAUUUUGCUUCGAUAUCUUAUGUGAAGAUGAUCCAAUCGUUGAUGAUAAAAAUAGUCCUGAAUAUAAUGUUGACGAAAAGGUUCGCGAUUUUUUGGCGUAUGUUGAUAAGCAGUCGCGUGGAUAUCAGUCCAAUAAUGUUUUGAUCACAAUGGGAGAAGACUUUCAUUAUCAACACGCACCGUCAUGGUUUCAAAAUCUAGACAAACUUAUUCUGCAUAUCAACGAACGUCAAGCCAGUGGAUUAAAAGUGAAUGCAUUUUACUCAACGCCAUCUUGUUAUUUGAAGGCGUUGUACGAUACCGAAAUAUUGUUGCCAACAAAGAGUGAUGACUUUUUUCCAUAUUCAUCAGAUCCACACGCGUUUUGGACGGGUUAUUUCACAUCAAGGCCAACUCUUAAGCGAUAUGAACGCCUUGGCAAUCACUAUUUACAAAUCUGUAAACAGUUGAGCGUGUUUGCUCAAAAUAAAUCGGAAAUAUUCGAAGCGAAUCUGGACAAUUUGCGAGAGGUAAUGGGUAUAAUGCAGCAUCACGAUGCGGUAACUGGUACAGAAAAACAGCAUGUCGCUGACGAUUAUGCACGCUUACUUCAUAUUGGGUUUGAGAAAUGCGAUGAGAACAUUCAAGAAUCGCUUAAUCAAUUGUCUAUCGAUGACGAAAAAUCGAAAUUUAAAGACGCAAAUAUUCGACUUGAAUAUGAAAGAUGUGACAAUUUGAACAUCAGUUCAUGUUAUGUCACCGAAAAUAAUGACAAAUUCCUGGUAACGCUUUACAAUCCAUUGGCUCAUUCAACAGUUCAAUACGUUCGUGUUCCAAUCAUCGAUGGCGAGUAUGAGGUGCUAGACUACAAAAAUGUUCCUGUCACCUCACAAUUAGUAUCCAUUCCAAAUGGAGUGAAAUCAUUAUCCUUCCGACAAAGUAGUGCCAAAUCAGAGUUAGUUUUUUUGGCUGAUGAAUUGCCGCCGCUCGGUUAUAAGUCGUAUUUUGUUCAGAAAAAGCCCAUAACCAACGCAAAGGAAUCGGUUUUCGUGAAUGAAAAUGAAGGUAAAAAAGAUGGUCCAUUCACGAUUGGAAAUAAAUAUUUAAAUUUAACGUUCGAUGAAAAUGGUUUAUUGGAGUCAGUUGCAACUGAAACCGUCGAAAUGAAAGUUCGCCAAAACUUUUAUAUUUAUGAAGGUUUCCAAGGUAAUAAUAGAGAAUACAAAAAUCGAUCAUCAGGGGCCUAUGUAUUCAGGCCCAUUGACAAAGCAUAUGAAAUCGCUUCACGUGCGGAAAUUCAGAUUAUAAGAGGAAAUUUAGUGGAUGAAGUUCAUCAGACUUUCAGUGAAUGGUUAAGUCAAGUGAUUCGAAUUUAUAAAACCGAAAAUUAUGCGGAAUUCCAAUGGCUCGUUGGUUCAAUUCCGGUUGACGAUCUUGUUGGGCGAGAAAUUGUUACCAGAUUCGACACUGAUAUCGAAUCAAAUGGUAUUUUCUAUACCGAUUCAAAUGGACGAGAAAUGUUGAAACGAGUGCGUAACCAUCGUGACACAUGGAACCUAACACUGUUGGAAAGUAUAUCUGGAAAUUACUAUCCAGUUACAGCAAAAAUCGCCAUUGAAGACACGACUCGUCGUUUCGCUAUUUUAACCGACCGUGCACAAGGUGGAAGCAGUUUGACUGAUGGAUCACUCGAAUUAAUGGUCCAUCGUCGAUUAUUGAACGAUGAUGCUUUUGGUGUGAACGAAGCACUGAAUGAAUUUGCUUAUGGAAAAGGAUUAAUUGCACGAGGCACCAGCUACUUUGUUCUUGGCCCGAAACAUACAGACACAACAUCGACCGAAGCUAAUGAGCGUUUUAUACAAUUACAAACAUUAUUGCCAAGUUGGCCAUUCUUUAGCAAUGCGAGUGGUCUGAGCUCCGAUAAGUGGAGAAAUACAUACAAAAAUGUUUUUUCUGGCCUGUCACAUUCGUUGCCCAAAAAUAUUCAUUUGCUUACAUUCGAACCAUGGACAUCGAAUUCGGUUUUGAUUCGCUUUGAGCAUAUUCUGGCGAAGGACGAAGACAGUCAAUAUUCAGAAGCAGUGACAUUCAAUUUCCAAGACGUAUUCCAAUCAUUAGAUGUGAAAUCGAUCCGUGAGACAACAUUAUCGGCCAAUCAGUGGUUGAACGAAGUCAAACGUCUUCAUUUCAAAGCAAACGACGAAAAUUCCAAUGAAGUCAAUCUUUCAAUGGAGACAUUCACUUCUGAAGCUUCAAAUGACUUCCAAAUCACAUUGAACGCAAUGGAAAUUCGAACUUUUAUUGUUGAAUUGAAAUGAAGAGCGAAAAUAUUGAAGAGAAUAGAAUUUUUAUUCAAAA